AUCCCCUAGCAAAUAGUUGGACGCCCCUGUCCUGUCCCGCCUUGUCAAAACACCUUUAUGUAAUUCUUCAUUAACAAAAAUUUUAAGAAAAAACAUGCUUGGCAGCUUGGUUAUACGAAGAUGCUUGCUCCCAGCGGCUGCUCUCGUUGCAGAAGCUAAAUUAGCCAAGUCUACAACUUCAGAGCCCCAAAUUCCUGCUCCAGUAUGCAGACCAAGCGAAUUGCCGAUUUACACACCAGAGCCUCCCAAACUCGGGGGAAAUGUAGGGGAAAGCAGCCAGGAGAGCACCCCCAACUUUAUUGAGAACUCAGUGAAGACCGUCCGCCAAACGCUCGGCCGGUACUCCGAUGAGUUUUACGCCUACGAAAAGGUGGCCAAACAAAGCUUGAGCGAAAGCAAGCAGAAUAUUGAGUGGUUGGUGGAUUAUUUGCGCCAAGAGGACAACGCGCUUCCUAAAGCGGGGGCUAUUGGAAUUGGAGCCCUAGCAGGCCUGGUUUUCGGUCUGCGUGGGGGAUUUUUCAAGAAGACCAUUUAUGCUACGACUGGCGCUUUAGGUAUGGCCGCGGUCUGCUACCCGAAAGAAGCCGCCAAAUACUCCCAAUUGGGGGUAGUAGAAAGCAAAAAAUACCUAACAAUCGCCUACAACUUCGCCUACGGAGUGAAGAAAGACGAGCCCCCUUUAGAGCUCCCAACGCUCCCUAAAGUGCCAUCGAGCCUUUCAGAAGCCUGGGACUCGGUUAAAACCACCGCAUCUUCGUUAAUUUCAGAUCAGCCCAAAGUGGAGGAAGUCAAGAACACAGCGAGCGUAAGUAUUGAGGAAUCCCUUAGUCCUGGCGAUGGCCCCCUUAAAACGAGUCCUGAAAUCCCUGCUGACCUCGAGCCCCCUACCUCGUAAACCCACCUGGACUAGAACACGUAAAGUCACCCCUCCAGCAUAUUUAUUUUAAUUGUACACUAUUAUUUCAUUGAGCAAUCAAUGUAUUUCGGCUGCAAAUACCUGUCGUCUCAAUAAACUCUUCAUCCCGG